UGUUUUAGUUAUAGAACUCAACCCGGCAACUCAGUCAUCUGACCUGUCGCGCUUGCGCAUGCGCGGAAUGCCUAAGACGUCUGGCAUCGCAGGCUGAGCAGACAGGAACCUACAAGGAACAUACUCAACUGACCAAGAUGGACCAGUGGGCAGGAUUACCAUAAAGCUACGCAGAAGGGAUUCUUCUUUAGAACAAAGCUGUGAAAUACAAGAAUGGGAGGUACUCUAUGGAAUUGCAGGGUUUCCAGCUUGGGACCCUAUGGGUGCUGUUGAGGGAUCUUGAAAUAUAAAAAAGAAUCAGUAAAUGCAAGAUUGAGGUUUGGAUGAUUAUCAUCCCAUUUAGAGAAAGAAACAGUGAAACGUACUGGUUUGCUGUACUAUGUCCUUGCACUAAACAUCCCUGGGAGAAAUCAGUCACCUUCUCUAGAAGCUAUGCAUGGCUUGCCUUUCCUUACUGCCCAUUAAAGUCUAGGACAAUAGCAGCAAAUAAUAUACCUGAUGUAAAUUAUAGAUUAUGGGGCAGUGGCAAUAUAAGAUGGCUGGGGCCCCCAUUUGAGUUGGAUACCAUAAAUCUGCAGUCCUCUAGUCCUGUUGUUGCAAUACAACUCCCAGCAUUGUCCCAAAAGCCUUUGGCUUCAGUUGUAUUUGCAGUUCUACUACAAAUUGAAGUCCUCGAAGGGGCUCUUUGAUGUUGGUGGCCCAGGCCAAAUGCCCCCCCCCCUCUCUCUCUCUCUCUCUCUCUCUCUAUAUAUAUAUAUAUCACACCCUGUUUGAACCACCUACUGGCAUCCAGACCCCUUCACUCCACAUUACCACCCACCCUUGCACUCUGCAGUGGUAAAUGUGGUUUAUAUAGUGCAGUAGUAUAAUUAAUACUAGCAGAGUAUCUUUGCAACUGUUCAUCAGUAUGUUGUUAAAGAUGUAUUGGGUAAAACAGUAUACAAGAUGAGAAACUGGUGCAUUCUAUAAUGUAUAUUAUGUAAUAUUUUGCUUCUAAUAAUGGAGGGUACAGGUCUGCAAACACAGAAGAGAAGGGACAGGUAAGCCCAUAAUUCAUAUUUUUAUAGCAAUGCUUAUUCACACUUCCACACAUACAGACGUGUAUCAUUACUCUUCUGCACAUUAGGGCACAAUGAGAAAAUAAAAGACACACAUCCCUAUGCACAAGGUAACCCCCCAGUCCAAUUAAAAUGCAUCUCCGAGUCUCCAACCGGAAUGAAGCUUAAUGUACACCAAUCACAGCCAAGCUAACACUCAGCUUUAGUAGGCUGCAACCCCCCCCUGCACUCCCCCUUCUAGCAGCGAGCGUGAGGAUUGAUCAGCAGGUCCCUGCUGUGCUGCUUGUAUGUAAGGCGGCAGCAUCUACACCAUGCUCCCUGCACUGUAGCACCAGCCUCCCUCUUCUCAUCUUACUUUACCAAUUCUGCAAUAUUAGUUUCUCUUUUUUUAUUUGCAAAAAAAGAGAGAGGGGUGCAUUCUUAGUGAGGUGGAUUUUAAUUUUUAUUUAUUUUUGUUUCAUUCAUCACAUUGAGCCUUCAGUGCUCUUCUUCGUGACAGGAGGAACGACAAGGUCCAACAGCCCAAGAGACAAGCAGGUUCCUAUUGAUGGUGAGCUCCGAAAGGUUCUCAGUUGGGCGUCUCAAGAACGGACAGGUUUAUUCACCGAGAGAGGGGGGGAGAAGAAACGAACCCAGCCAUCCCCCCCUCCCUCUCUAUUCCAGCCCUCCCCCCUUUCUUUUUGAGGAUUUUCCUUGCAUCUGGAUCCCCGUGGAAAGACAGAAGACAAGAUGACCACAGUGGGGAAAGAUGGUAGCGGAAUACCACACAUGCAAUAUGUGGGGCCAUAUCGGCUGGAGAAGACACUGGGUAAAGGACAGACAGGUCUCGUAAAACUAGGGGUUCAUUGUGUCACGUGUCAAAAGGUCGCCAUCAAAAUCGUCAAUCGAGAGAAACUCAGCGAGUCUGUGCUAAUGAAGGUGGAGCGUGAGAUUGCUAUACUGAAGCUAAUUGAACAUCCACAUGUCUUAAAGUUACACGAUGUCUAUGAAAACAAGAAAUACCUAUACCUAGUCCUGGAGCAUGUAUCUGGGGGAGAACUGUUUGAUUACCUUGUGAAGAAAGGGCGCCUCACACCAAAGGAAGCUCGCAAGUUCUUCCGGCAAAUCAUCUCAGCACUGGACUUCUGCCACAGUCACUCUAUCUGCCACAGGGAUCUGAAGCCAGAGAACCUCCUUUUGGAUGAGAAGAAUAAUAUUCGUAUUGCAGAUUUUGGGAUGGCCUCUCUGCAGGUUGGGGACAGCCUAUUGGAGACGAGCUGUGGGUCACCCCAUUAUGCCUGCCCAGAAGUGAUUAGGGGAGAGAAAUACGAUGGAAGGAAAGCAGAUAUAUGGAGCUGUGGAGUCAUAUUAUUUGCUCUGCUUGUGGGUGCCCUCCCAUUUGAUGACGAUAACUUACGGCAGCUUCUAGAGAAGGUCAAGCGAGGGGUCUUCCACAUGCCGCACUUUAUUCCCCCAGACUGUCAGAACCUUCUAUGUGGAAUGAUUGAGGUGGAUCCCAAUAAACGAUUGACGUUAGAAGCCAUACAGAAGCACACUUGGUACAUUGGAGGGAAGAAUGAGCCGGAGCCAGAGCAGGCCGUUCCCAGGAAAGUACAGAUAGGAUCCUUGCCAUCGCUGGAGGACGUAGACCCUGAUGUACUGGAUAGCAUGCACUCGUUGGGCUGCUUCCGAGACCGCAACAAACUGCUGCAGGACCUACUAUCUGAGGAGGAAAAUCAGGAAAAGAUGAUUUAUUUCCUUUUGCUGGAUCGGAAAGCAAGGUACCCCAGCCAAGAAGAUGAAGAUUUGCCCCCUAGAGUGGAUAUUGACCCCCCUAGGAAAAGAGUGGACUCACCCAUGCUGACCCGCCAUGGAAAGAGGAGGCCGGAGAGGAAGUCUAUGGAGGUUCUGAGCGGGACAGAUGGAGGAUCUCCUGUGCCAGCAAGAAGGGCUAUUGAGAUGGCACAACAUGGACAGAGGUCACGUUCUAUCAGCGGAGCUUCUUCUGGACUCUCUACCAGUCCGAUCAGCAGUCCCAGGCCUAUGAGGAGGUUUUUUCCCCUUUCCCAGUCACCAACCCCUUCUUCUUCUCCGCACCCAAUACUGAACUCUAACCCCUCAGGACGUAGUGAUCCUACUCUAGCACACCCAAAAACCCACACCUUCCCUCCUAAACCUAGAGCCUCAGAGAAACCUCUCCAGUCCACCCGAUCUCACCCUCUACCUUCCACCAACUCCUCAAGCAUAUCACCAAAGUCUCAUAACCAUCCCGCUGGACAGGUUACAUGCCGAACUCAAGCAAAGCUGGCUGUCUCUGAUCUGGCACCCAAAUCUGUGCCCCUUAUACAGGUUACCCCUCAUCCGUCACCCCGUGGCAGCCCCCUCCCUACUCCCAAGGGGACUCCUGUCCACACACCCAAGGAAAGUCCAGCUGGCACCCCCUCCCCUACCCCUCCAUCCAGCCCCAGCAUUGGUGGAAUGCCUUGGAGAACCAGGCUGAACUCUAUCAAGAAUAACUUCUUGGGGUCACCACGAUUCCAUCGGCGUAAACUGCAAGUUCCCACAGCUGAUGAAAUGACCAAUCUGACUCCGGAAUCAUCACCUGAACUGGCCAAGAAGUCCUGGUUCGGUAACUUCCUCACUCUGGAGAAGGAGGAUCAGAUUUUUGUGGUUAUUAAGGACAAGCCUUUAAGUUCCAUCAAAGCUGAUAUUGUGCAAGCAUUUCUCUCGAUCCCAAGUCUCAGUCACAGUGUGAUCUCACAGACCAGCUUCCGAGCAGAGUACAAGUCUACGGGGGGUCCGUCUGUCUUCCAGAAACCAGUGAAGUUCCAGGUGGAUAUCACAUACACAGAGAGUGGAGAGAAGCAGAAGGACUGCGGGAUAUACUCAGUCACAUUCACUCUGCUCUCAGGUCCAAGUCGAAGGUUUAAACGGGUCGUUGAAACAAUUCAGACUCAGCUCCUUAGCUCACAUGACCAGCCAUCCGUAUUGCAGCUUUCAGACCCCAAUAACUGUAUGGAGUAUCUCAGUGGAAAACUCUCAAAAUGUGGAAUUAUCCCAAAAAGUUAACCAGCCGCCCAUCACCGCCUCCUCCUUGCCCCCCUACGACUGCCUGGGCAGAAGGUGAACCCGACUCUCCCCCGCGCCAACCGAAUAGCGUGGAGCCUUCCGCAGGGACACGCCCUCUCCAAGAGAGUGGCCCCCAAGGACCCUCAGGAACCGGGUUAUCAUCAAGCCGUAACAUGACGAGAGAGAAGAGGGAGCAAGUGACUGGGUGCUAAUGUUCUGUUACCUCAGUGAUAACCCUUCCCCUGAUAAACUGCUUGGCAUUAUUGCUGCACCCACUGUGCCCCUCCCCCACAUGGCAUAACCCCUAUGGGUGGGUGCAGCUCUCUAGGCAGGGACUUUACUAGACAACAUGGAGGGGUUUAAUGCUGAAUGUAUUUAUGGGGUUAAGUUUACACGCAUACAGAUACAUACAUGAACAUGUAGCCCACACACAAACACAUACACUUGAUUCCCUAUUGGACAGCGCCGCAGCAUAUGUUGGUGCUUUAUCCCUAAAUACACAGGAACAAUAGCCGCAUGGCCAGGGAAGGGUUAAACAGGCGCUGCAUUUUCCCCCCUACUGCACCACCACCUGGUUAGGGCAGUGCCCUAUUAUUCAGCUCUUCAUGGUAUGAGGGGUGGGUGUGACACAGGGAGGGCGGGGCAUGGCCUGUUGCAUAAUGUGAAAUAUUUGGGCUAUUUUUAUAAAGGUUUGUAUGUCUGCUGGGGGGGGGGGGGUUAUUCUUUGUGUUUAAAUUAUUAACUGCUGGCUGCAGGGACGGCUUACGGAACAGUGUCCUACAGAGCCAGGGUGGCUGUGGCAGUGCUCAGGUACCCAUGAAUAGGGCACCCAUGUAUUAGGAUAGGGCACCCGUGCAUAGGGAUAGGGCACUCAUGUAUAGGGAUAGGGCACCCAUACAUAGGGAUAGGACACCCAUGUAUAGGGAUAGGGCACCCAUGUAUAGGGAUAGGACACCCAUGGAUAGGGCACCCAUGUAUAGGGAUAGGGCACCCAUACAUAGGGAUAGGACACCCAAUUCAUAGGGAUAGGGCACCCAUGCAUAGGGAUAGGACACCCAUGCAUAGGGAUAGGACACCCAUGUAUAGGGAUAGGACACCCAUGUAUAGGGAUAGGACACAUGCCAGACAUAACGAGUGGGAACCUUUUGGUGCAGGACAAGCUUUUCAACCAUCAAAUGCAAUACAAAUCAUCCCGCUACGAGUGAUUCACUUAGAUAUAUGCUGCAGGCCUCACAGAUUUUCACAGAGCCACGCAGAAUGCAUCUUCAUUUAUGCCUAAUCAGCCAUUGGGCCCACGCAUUUCUACAUUUGUUGUUAAAGGGGGUGACAUGCGAACUUUAAGCGAAAGACAAAACUAUUUUUUAUAGGGAACCAAUACCUAGGAAACAGAAAGCAAACCAGAACCUCCUAAAACGGACGUUCACUUAAAGGGUUAAAACAAACCGAGACUCUCGCAAAAUAGGGUUUAUAUUGACUUUAUAGUUCUAUAGAUGCUGAGUGAGAUACAUUAGCAACGCUCAGUCUGCACAGGGGCCCUUAUCAAUCUGCAUUAUUUCUUUUCAAUGGAAGCAGCCAUAUUGGCUACGUUAAUGCAUAUCCAUAGUAAGGUUAUCAUUUACAUAAUCAGGGGCAGGUUUAAUAAAUGCAAGUUGCCAGGCUGUGCUUUUCCAAACCAGGGCAUUUUAGACCACGGGGAUCCAGCUGAAAACCCACCCACUUUCUGGUAAGCACCGCCCUUUUGGGGGUUUUCUAUCAUUUACGUCACUUUCGAGUAUUUAAUUUUCAUUACUACAGAAAACACAUGCAACAUGCAGGCUAACUGGGAAUUGGGGUCGGUACUGAAAUGUAUUGUCUGUCUGGUUGUUAAGAUCAGGAUCCUAGCAACCAGAGAGGACUAAUUGCUAAGGGUCUUCUGACUCCAACACCUGCUCUUCUCCCAUGAAUACAUUGCUGACUGCAUUCGGCCAUGCUGUAUUCAUAAUCCUUACUCCCGCCCCCUUACUUGAGUGCCAGAGGGCACAAGGUGCAAAGUAGGGAAUCUAUUAUCUUUUUUGGAUUCGACCGAACCC